AGGGAGCAACACAAUAUUUAUUAUUUAAACACAAAAUGAUACAAACAUGAUUGUAAUUCUGCUGAUUUCUACUGAUUAGUUAAUUACCUGGUAAUCAUCCUGAGUCUUCUAUCUAUUGGCUUAACUUAGGUUUUUUUUCCAACCCUGGUCCUCACUGCCCUGCAUGCUUUACAUCACGUAUCAAACUCAAGUGUAAACAUUAUUGUGUGUAAACACACUGGUUGAAUAUCCUAUCCUUUACUAAGUUGCUAUUCAACAUACCGUUGGACACAUUUGAUUUAGAAAGAGUUUUUUUAUUAGUGCUCAGUCUAUUUCUGCUUACCGUAGGUCCCAGGCAACAUGUCAUCACUCCAAAUAUGAAAAUAUGCAUUUUGUUUAAGUUGUCCUCCAAAGGCUCAGACGUAAUAUGAUCAAAUUUCCCUUUUAGCCUUUGGAUUAACAACACGACUAAUAGUUGAGCACAAACAUGCACACAAAACAUUUUCAGCUGUCAUGAACUGUCAAUAUUAGACAAUGUUUGACUUGAAGCCAACAUGAUGUGAUAAAAAAAAUCACCAUCUUCACAUUAAGUGCUUCUAUAAAUCUCUCUUUCUUAUGAAAUUGGUAUCUUUAAUUCCAGAAUAAUUAGGAGUAUUAUUUUACCUCACACUUUCUUUCUAAUGUCUAAAUCAAAGCAAAUGUGAAAGAACAAACACCCACAGAUUGUGACCACACAGGUGAGUAAACAGAGUGUCCUCUGUACUUUGGAGUGGUGAGUUAGUCUAAGUGCUCUGCUUGAGUUGGUGUGUCAUAAUCAGCCAGAUCACCAACAGCAGUAAAAUGGCCAGAGUUUGUCUGCUGGUUUUCAUUGUUGGGCUUCAACUGGGGAUUCCUGGAGCGAGUGCCGAGAUCACAGAAGACAACACAGAAACCGUGUUUAUCUCUCAGCAGACAGCACAUGCGGUGCUGAAACGACAACGGAGAUACAACAGCGGGCGUCUCGAGGAAGUGCUGCAGAAAGCCAACCUGGAGCGAGAAUGCAGAGAGGAGCAAUGCACCAUGGAGGAGGCCAGGGAGUGGUUCGAGAAUGAUGAAAAAACUAUGGAAUUCUGGGUCAUCUACACUGAUGAUGACCAGUGUGAGCCAAAGCCCUGCCAGAAUGGAGGAGUUUGUCGUGAUGAAGUGGGCUCCUAUAGCUGCUAUUGCCAAGAAGACUUUCGUGGUAAAAACUGUGAGAUUUAUAUGCCCAGACGAUGUUCGGUCAACAAUGGUGGGUGUGCACAUUUCUGCACAACGGAAAGACGCCGACCUGUGUGUUACUGUGCAGCUGGUUACAAAGUUGGGGCAGACGGAAAAAGCUGUGAACCAACAGGGCCGUUCAGUUGUGGCAUCGUUAGCCUGUCCUCUGGCCUCGCCACCAGAUCUUUCAGGUGGACACAAUCAUCCAACUCAACUAACUCCACCAGUGAGGAAUUCGACUAUGAUUACUUCAAAGAAAUCGAGGAUUACCUCAACUCUCCAAUGAACGAAUCAGAACUGUUCAACUCCUCAGCAGGUUCUGUAUUAAAAGUCAGAUCAGUUGGAUUGGAUUCGAGUUCCUCCUUGAACCAAGCCGAGACUAUCGACUCUAGAGCAGAGCUAGGUGACAGCAAAAGUCCCAGACAAAACCGUUUCUGGGAUUACGUUGAAGUCCCCACCGUCGUAGCACAAAAGAAUGAGGACGAGAGGAUUGUUGGAGGAAAUGAAGCCACACCUGGCGAGAUACCUUGGCAGGUGGGCCUGAUGGCUUUUUUACCCAAGCUAAACAAAACGCUGCCCAUCUGUGGAGGCUCCCUGCUCAGUGAAUUUUGGGUAAUCACUGCAGCCCACUGCCUGGUGUUGGCCAAACAAAAAGAAUACACUAUCUUCGUAAGAGUUGGUGAACAUGAUGUGAAUGUGGUCGAGGCUUCAGAGCGCAACCAUGAAGUGGCGGAGGAGCACAUCCACCACCGCUACGACUUUAGUCAAUCGCAGUUUAAUCAUGAUAUCGCCCUGCUGAAGCUCGCCACUCCUGUGGAGCUGUCCAAUGAGAGACGUCCCAUAUGUGUGGGCUCAACAGUUUUCAUGCAGGACCUCAUGAAAGAAUCCGGCAUCUCCCUGGUGAGUGGCUGGGGACGCACACUGGACAAGGGCCGUGAAGCUGACAAGCUUCAGAAGUUAUCGGCUCCUGUUGCGGACCUUGCCCUGUGCAAGCAGAGCAGCCGGAACCGCAUCACCCGCUUCAUGUUCUGUGCCGGGCUGGCAGACGGAUUGGGCGAUUCGUGCCAUGGAGACAGCGGCGGCCCGCAUGCCACCAACUACAAAGGAACUUGGUUUCUCACCGGCAUCGUCAGCUGGGGGGAGGGUUGUGCCGAGAAGGGGAAAUACGGCAUCUACACCCAUGUUUCACGAUACUACGCCUGGAUUGUUCAGAAAACUGGGAUCUUACAGUCCAACUAAAAUAUGUAGUUCAGCAAAAUCAGGAUUUGUUUAACUGUUGAUAUCUCACCUAAAGGGAAUACUCUUUGUUCCUUUAUUUGAACAAAAGAAGGACCAACAAUAGAGAGAAAUUCCACUCUAACAUCAAACAUGUUUUUGUUUUACAUAAAAAAAACUUUAUAAUAAUAUAUGUGUUACUUGUGAAAAACAGAGCAUUGCAGAAUCAUACUUUGCAACAAGCUGGUGGAAGAAUGAAACAUCCCUCUUGAUAUGUUUCUGAACAUUUCCACUUCUAGAUUGCGAACAAAAACUCUUCUAUGAAUCUACAAUAAAUGCGCAUGCAAAAUUUA